GCUGUCCAAACCCACCGCACCAAAUCUACUAUUUCUUCCCCUUCUCUGAUUUUCUCCCUCCCUUCUCUCUCUCCCUUUCUAAACAUCUCCCCCAAAUCUCAGAGACUCUUCGAUCCUCCGAUUUCCAAUCGUCUUGGUUUAUGAGCUCAAAGGAGAGACCCACUCUUGGUGGCACGCGGAUUAAGACCCGCAAACGGAAUAUUGCUGCGCCGCUGGACCCUGCAGCAUUUGCGGAUGCAGUGGUCCAGAUUUAUCUGGAUAAUGCUGGUGAUUUGGAACUUAUUCCCAAGAGCAUCGAGUCUUCAGACCUUAACUUUUCAAGAUACGGUGACACCUUUUUUGAGGUUGUUUUCACUGGAGGCCGUACACAACCUGGCACAACAAAACCUGAUGAGGGGGAGCGCCAUCCUUACUCUAUAAUAGACUGUGAGCCUAAGCGUGAAAUCAUCUUACCAUCUGUGAUUUACAUACAGAAAAUUUUGCGCCGCAGGCCAUUCCUCAUAAAGAACCUUGAAAAUGUUAUGCGAAGAUUCCUGCAGUCGCUGGAACUUUUUGAGGAAAAUGAAAGGAAGAAGUUGGCCAUUUUCACAGCGCUUGCUUUCUCCCAGAAGCUAUCUGGGCUCCCACCAGAAACGGUGUUCCAGCCUUUGCUUAAGGAUAAUCUUGUGGCCAAAGGGCUAGUUCUUUCAUUUAUGACAGACUUCUUUAAGGAGUACCUGGUUGAUAAUAGCCUUGAUGAUUUGAUUUCAAUACUCAAGCGGGGUAAAGUGGAGGACAAUCUUUUGGACUUCUUUCCAUCUGCAAAGCGCUCAGCUGAAUGUUUCUCUGAACAUUUUACCAAGGAAGGGCUUAUACCUUUGGUUGAAUAUAAUGAAAAGAAAACAUUUGAGGUGAAAUUGAAGGAAAUGAAAUCUGCUUUAACGACUCAGAUAGCCGAGGAAGCUGAUAUAACUGAAGUUAUAGAGACUGUCAAGCAAAAGGUUAAAGAUGCUAAACUCCCAGACAUCGAGGUUGUGCGAGUCUUAUGGGAUGUCUUGAUGGAUGCUGUUCAGUGGUCUGGGAAGAACCAGCAGCAGAAUGCAAAUUCAGCUUUGCGCCAGGUGAAAACAUGGGCAGAACUGCUAAAUACCUUCUGCACCAAUGGAAAACUUGAGCUGGAACUCAUCUAUAAGGUUCAGAUGCAGUGUUAUGAAGAUGCUAAGCUGAUGAAGUUGUUUCCAGAGAUAGUGAGGUCUCUCUAUGAUCAGGAUGUGCUCGCAGAAGACACAAUUCUUCACUGGUUCCGUAAAGGAACAAACCCAAAGGGCAGGCAAACCUUUGUGAAGGCCCUGGAGCCCUUUGUUAAUUGGCUGGAAGAGGCAGAGGAAGAAGAAUAAGUGCAGCUGGUCAUGUGAAUUCAUCCCAGUUCCUUGUUCCGUUUGCUAUCCCUUCCCAAGAUAUUAUCUAUAUACUCAUAAAAGAUCCAGCUCUCAUUAUAUUUGGUGUGUUAUCUUAUGAUGAUGAUGAUAUGAUAAAGCCGUGUAUGGUUUAAUUACAUGUGAUAUUACUCUAUGCUUUGAUUGUCUUGUGAAUGUCAAUGGUGUUUCCUUGUUUA